AUGGCAACUUCAUCUUCGAACUACUACAAGAGCCAUUUGGACAACUUGGGCAAGGAAAACAAGCAGCUAAAGCAGAAGCUGGAUAAAAUCGAACGCGAAAACAGAGAUCUCAAGAAAUCGAUUUAUGAUCUCACCAUGAAGUACCACAUGGCCACGGCCUUGCCAGGCAGUGGCCAUCCCGGGGCGACGCAUCAUCACAACCACGUGCGGCCUAAGCCGUUCAAUGUCGACCAGGCGCUACUUCCCGAUUCACCACUCGAUUCGCCCACCCUCACAACCGAGCACCCGCAUCCCACACCUGCGCCCACGUCCGCAUCUGCCGCCAUCAAGCACCACCUUGCCGACGAUGCACCCAGCGAGCGCAAGGGCAGGGGAAGGGAAGACCUUCGUCGGUUUCACAGCAAGCACACCUUCAAGGGCCACACGGGCGCCGUGUACUGCGUGGGCUUCGCGCCUUCGGGCCGUCUGCUGGCCUCGGGCUCCUUCGACAAGAGCGUUCGUCUGUGGGACCUCACCCAGCAGAAGGAGGUGGCCUGCCUGGCCGAGCACCAGCUCAAUGUGUCCGACCUGGCGUGGGCCGGCGACAGCACCGAGCUGCUGUCGGCGGGCUUCGACAGCGUCGCCAAGCUCUGGGACGUCAACCGAGCCGAGUCCAUUCGGACGUUUGCGGCUACCGGCUUCCUGCAGGCGGUGCAGUUCAGCCCGGCCGACAGAAACCUGGUGUUCGUGGGCAGCACCAGCAAGCAGGUCCUGGUCUUUGACAGGCGCCAGAACGAACCCGUCCUCACCUUCGCCAACGACGCGAUGGUCAACACCAUCCACGUGUACAAGGACGGCGAGUUCUUCUUGUCGGGCGACAGCGAGGGCAACAUCAAGCUCUGGGACACCAAGUCGCCCGGCGCACCGCUCGACAAGGUGGAGAACGAAGAAGGCCACAAGCCCAUCUCGCACAUCCACCUCUCGAGCACGCACGCAUCGGAGGAGGAGGAAGGCCACUACCUCGCCGUCAACAGCUUCGACAACGUGCUUCGAGUCUACGAUCGCGGGAGCGGCAUCAUCGGCGGCGGGAAGGAAGCGGCAGAGCGACCGCUCGGCAGCAAGCUCAAGCUGGUCUCAUCGCUGACGGGCCACAAGAACCACAACUGGCCCAUCAAGAGCGCCUUCCACGUCGGCAAGGACUAUGGUCGGACGCCGUUCAAGCCCGCCUCCGACUAUGGCAUCCCGACCACCGAAGCGAGCGAGGAUCCCAGCGACAAGAAGCAUUCGCAGAGGGAGAAAAGCGUGACGGACCGCCUCAUGUUGGCCACCGGCAGCGCUGACAACCACGCCUACCUCUUCGAUCUGGGGCUGCACAACGAGGUGACGGGAGAGCUGGUGCAGAAGCUGGAGGGGCACACCGGGCGCGUGUACGCCGUCAACUUCCACCCGUCGGAGCCCCUGCUCGCUUCGGCCUCUGCCGACCACAGCAUCAAACUGUGGUGUCCCAAGUCGGUCCCGCGAGGCUACUGA